AUGAAUGCACUUAUUUGGAAUGUGAGAUCAGUAAAUACAAAGAAAGCCUUCAAGAGGCUUUUAACAAUGCAUAAUAGGUAUAGUUUCUUCCUUAUUGGGUUGAUGGAACAUUUUCAGAAACCUUAUAAGUUGGAAAGCUAUAGAAUGAGACUUGGUUUGGAGACAGCUUUGCAUAAUGUCAAUAACAAAAUAUGGGCAUUUUUAGAUGAAUCAUGGAAAGUUACUAUCCUUAUUGACAGUGAACAACAUUUAACUCUAAGGUUAUCCAAUUUGGAAGUGGAUACUGAGAUGAUUGUUACCUUAGUUUAUGCAAAAUGUGAUAGAGUGGAUAGAAUUGAAUUGUCGGAUGCUAUGGAUUAUUUGGAAAAUGAUAUGACUAGGCCUUGGCUUGUUGCUGGGGAUUUCAAUGUCGUAACUGAUGAAAAUGAGAAGUAUGGUGGCAAUCCAGUAUCAUUGAAUGAGGUGGAAUACUUCAGACAUUGUAUUACCACAUGCCUUGAGAUUACUUACCUGAUUAAAAAUGGCUUAGAUUACUCUCCUUUGUUAGUUGAAUUGAAGCAGCAGGUCCAACAUUUUAAGAAACCUUUCAAAUUUCUUAACCUUUGGGUCAAACAUGAGACAUUUUUGGAGGUGGUCCAAGCCAAUUGGGAGACAGAUAUGAAUGUUAAUUCAUUCUAUGUUUUCAAUUCUAAGUUAAAGAAUUUGAAGAAGGUAUUAACAGCUUGGAGUAGAUCAACUUAUGGGGAUAUAUUUCAGCAAAUAACCAACAUGAAAGGGGUGAUUAAGGCUCAUGAGACUAUUUUUGAAGCUGAUCCUUCAUAUGCAAAUAAAGAGAAGCUCAACAAAGCUCAGUUCCAUGAAGUUACACCACCAGUCCAGUUUGAUAUUUUGGAACAUAUUCCAAGACUUUUUACUGUGGAACAGAAUGAAGCUUUGGUAGCAAGGCCUACUAAAGAAGAAGUUAAAAAUGCAGUUUUUGGGCUUAACAGUGCUAGUGCAGCAGGUCCUGAUGGCUUCACAGGUUUAUUUUUUCAAACUUGCUGGGAAAUUGUUGGUAAUGACAUUUUUAACAUGGUAGGUGAUUUUAUUCAUGGUUCAGAGCUUCCAAGGGUGACUCAUGAGAGGUUGGCUACUUUUUUAUCUGACUUAAUCUCUCAUAACCAAGCUGGCUUUGUUAGAGGUAGGAGUAUAGUGGAAAACAUUUUGUUGACUCAAGAAAUCAUCACUGAUAUCAGACUAAGAACUAACAAAGGGAAGAAGAAUGUGCUCAUUAACGGACAGGCUCAUGGAUUCUUUUAUUCAACUAGGGGAGUUAAACAAGGGGAUCUUUUGUCCUCUACUUUAUUUAUCCUUGCUGCUGUAGCACUGUCUAGAGCAUUGAAUGUGUUACAUGAAAAUCCUUGGUUUUGUGCAUGUGAGAUCUCUUUGAAGUUGAUCAUGGAUGUUUUGAAAAAUUAUGAAGCUGCUUCAGGUCAAUUGAUUAACAAAGCAAAAAGUUCCAGUUAUCUGCAUGAUAGAGUGGAUGAGGAUGUGUUUCUUAAAGUGGAGAGGUGGAAUUUCAGAACCAAGCCUACUUUGUGGGGUGCAUUCAUGAGCAAUAAGUAUUUGAAGAAGAACAAUCCUAUUCUUGUUCCAUGGAAGAAAGGAUCAUAUAUUUGGAGGAAGAUGUUAGAAGCUAGAGAUCUCAUUGAUCAUGAAAUAUGGUGGCAGCUGAGGAUGGGAUCUUCAUUUUUUUUGUUUGAUAAUUGGACUGGUUUAAGUCCAUUAUGGAAUGAGGCUGUAAUUAGAAACAGUUUGCCAGAGGAACAUGCAGAAUUUAUAUUGACUGAGGAGUUAUGGAAGAAAAUAAAUGGGGAUAAGCAUGACAAUAAGGUGACAGAUGAAAGAGUUAUAUAUCAAGCUUCAACCUUGAUACAACAACUAGUGAAAUUAAGGAAACCAUGUAUACAGAAAGUUCCUCAUAGGUGGCCUGAGAUUCUGCAUAUUUUGGAAUCAUUUGUGCCUAAGUUGAAAGUAACUAAGGUGGUGUGGAGUUUUCCUAUGGAAAGUGCAUGGAAGUGUAACGCAGAUGGUGCUACUAGGGGUAACCCUGGUAGGAGUUCAUUUGCAUUCUGUGUAAGGGAUCAUAAGGGUGAUUUGGUUCAUGCAUUUGCUAAGGAAAUGGAAGAAAGUACAAAUACAGAAUUAGAGGCAAGAGCUUUACUUAAAGCUGCUAGGUAUUAA